AUGCCGCCACACUCGCCGCCGUCGCCCGAUCCCCAUCCUUCGAAACGUCAGCGCGCUUCCUCUCCCGAUAAAGAUUCGCCUUCGUCUGGAAAUGGAGCUCCCGUCUCUCCCACCACCGAAACUUCGUCCCACGAUGGCCCCGGCCAAGGCUCCAAACUCGGCCAAGCCAGUAGCUUCCGCAACGUCAGCGCAUGCAACCGGUGUCGCCUGCGCAAGAACAGAUGCGACCAGAAGUUACCCAGCUGCGCCAGCUGCGAGAAAGCCAGGGUUGCCUGUGUUGGAUACGAUCCCAUCACGAAGAGAGAGAUCCCGCGCAGCUAUGUAUUCUACUUAGAAACCCGCGUCGAUCAAUUGGAGGCUCUACUCCGCGCCAACAACAUCCCAUUUCCGCCAGCCGAUAACCUCGAGUAUUGUUCGCGACCCGGGAAUGACGGUGGCUUCGGAAGGUCUCCCGCCGAUGGCGCGCCCGCAAUCAUCCCUCCCGUCGCAGAGGUCUCGAGCAGCGCGAAACCACCGAAGCCCAGUGAAGAGAUAGCGAAGCCGAGCAAGACGACGAAACCCGGCGGCAGCGGCGGACAGAGGUACCUAGGAUCUGCCAAUGGGAUAUCGUUUGCGCGCGUGGUAUUUGCCGCCGUCCAGUCGUCUGUCGGAGACCAGAGAUCGAAUUCCGAUAAGACUGGUGUGCGUCCGUACAAGUUGAAUGCUGCGAAUGGGGCCGUCGGAACAGGUACAUCGAUGCGAGACUCAUUCUUCGGCCUCCAUACUAAGCCAAUGAUUCGGCCGGCGGAGUUCCCCCCUAAGGAUCUAGCGGUCAAAUUGGUGGAAUUGUACUUCGAAUAUGCGAACCCUCAGAUACCCGUUCUCCACCGGGGCGACUUCAUGCAGAUGUUCGAGCGCGCGUAUACCGAAGAAGGUAGGGUGAGGGGGCCGAAGGAACUGUACAUGCUCAACAUGGUCUUCGCCAUCGGCGGUGGGAUCAUCAUGGAUGCACAGGCGACGUCGUCGACCAAGGUAGCCGGUGAAGAGAAAAAACAGGCCCAACCGGAGGAAUACCAUGCAAGUGCCGUCGUCCAUCUCGAAGCCUGCCUGAGCAAUAGCGGGGGAGGGUUGGAAGAGCUCCAGGCUGUAUUACUAUUAGCAAACUUCGCGCUACUUCGCCCAAUCGCGCCCGGACUAUGGUAUAUUGUCGGCGUCGCCGUGAGAUUAGCCGUCGAUUUAGGCCUCCAUUACGAAGAUGGGAAGGACGUGGAGUUCGACCUCGCCGCGUCCGCCAAGGCCAACGCCGAUGUCGCGGGCGAGAAGGCACGCGAGGCGUAUCUACGUGAAAGAGGAAGGCGAGAGUAUAUCCGGGACCUACGAAGGCGGCUCUGGUGGUGCACCUAUUCUUUCGACAGGCUGGUCAGCGCCUGUGUCGGGCGACCGUUCGGCGUGUCUGACCAAGUGAUCACAACCGAGUUCCCUUCGAUGCUAGACGAUCGUUAUAUCACUCCCGCGGGCUUCACCAAGGCGCCGGCGGUGGGGGAGGUGACGUAUAAGAUUGUGGCCAAACAUUACUUUCGGCUUCGGUUGCUGCAGUCCGAGAUCUUGCAAGUAUUGCAGUACCAACAAACGCAGAUGGCAAGGUUCAAUGGGCAGAAUACAAGGAACGAGUAUAUGCACACGCAACUUCCGUCGCCUUUCCUAUCGAGAUUCGACUCCUUCAGGAGCUGGCGGAAGAAUAUCGACGGGCGGCUGUACGAGUGGAAGAAUUCAGCGCCCAACAAGCAAGACUCGGGCGUUGCUUUCUCGCCCGAAUUCCUCGAGUUGAAUUAUUGGCAAGCCAUCAUAAUGCUCUAUCGACAGAGCCUCAGCGUACCGGCCAUGUUUGAAAGCGAGUAUAACACCUCGAAGGAGGUCAAUAGCCCAUCGAUAUACACCACCGAACUACGGGAAGACGAAGAAAGGGUAUAUGUUAAAGUUGCCGAAGCUGGCCAGAAAAUUCUACGUCUGUACCGGCAACUGCAUCUAAUAGGGCUGGUGAACUACACGUAUCUGGCCACGCACCAUCUUUUCAUGGCUGGGAUAUCCUACCUUUAUGCCAUUUGGCAUUCGCAUGUCGUCCGAAGCCGGCUGACGAUGGAUGAGGUCGAUUUCACGAUUUUGGCCGCCACUUCGGUCUUCACCGACCUUAUCGAGAAAUGCCCACCCGCUGAAGCCUGCCGGGACGCCUUCGAUCGAACGGCUAAAGCGACUGUCAAGAUGGCAAAUGCCACCGGCGGAUUUGGCCAAGUGUUACACCGAAGCAAGCGCCCCAGAAAUAGCGUCGAGAGAGCGGAUUAUGUGAAUGCUAGAGAGGCAUCUAACCGGCAUAAAGCACAUCAGCGAGCCUCGCUAGACCAUUCAGCUUCUCGCUCCACCUCGUCGUUCAACACGCCGGGGAACGAGAGCUAUGUGUCGCACGAGGCAUCCACGCAGGUGGGUUCUAUGCAGUCAGCGGCGCAGGGCAGCGGAUUCCGCCUUUCCAUGCCCAAUGUCAAAUCGGAGCAGGACGGAUACUCGAUGCUACGCUCGAUGCCGCAGUCGGGUCUCAGCGCGGGCAGCCUAUCCGACGGGGCUUCGAUUCCCGACAACUCCGCUAUCGACCCCGUCUUGCUACCGUCCCCUGGCACGCACAGCAACUCUCCAGUAUCCGUAUCUAGCUUGACACCACAGUCCAGCCACGGGCAACAAUAUUCCCAAAGCACCGGGAACUCUAAUUUCAACUUACUCAGGUCACCGGCAGCCAACUUUACGGGCAUAAACUAUUCAGACCUCCAGGGCAUGGACUUUUUGCAGGGUAUUCAGGACCAGCAGAACUCGGACGGCAUACCGAACCAGGACAUGCAGAUGGACAUGGGUUUUGGCCUGGGAUGGGAGGGGCUGCACCACGACUUCAGCGACGGGCAGCAGGUCGACCUUUUCGACGGUUUCUUCUUCGGAGGCCAACAAGGCGGGGGUUAA